UGUGACUAUAGGAAGUCUUCGGUUGUGAGUUUGAUGCCGCUUUGGAGUCGCUCUUAUGUCACUUCCUGUCUCGCCUACAGCAGCUUCUUCCUGUCCCUGACUUCACAAAGGUCUCCUCCAUGCUCCAGGAUGAUUGGCUCAAAGAGUGUUUACAGGAAGUGAAAAGUCAGCAACUGAAGGAGCUCCUGGCCAAUCACAGCGCAGCACACAGUCCUCCCUGUCCUGUCCCAGAGUCCAAGUCUGAGGUUGUUCUUAAAUCUGCCUGGCAACAGCUCCUGAGUUUACAGAAGAUGAAUGAAGAGUCCAAAACGAUCAAUAAGAAACAAGAUCCUUUAAAACCUACAAAUCAGAUGCAAGAUUUGACGAAUCGGACCAAUCAGAAGCCAUUAGUGCCCAAACCUGUGCCUGCAACAGCCAAUCAGACGGCAGUUGUCACGCUGCUGAACCAGAACCUGACCUUUCCCCUUCUACUCCAACAGACACCGUAUUUCCUCUUCCCAACCAAUCAGAGCUCUCUUUUGUCCAAAACGACCAAUCAGAGCUCUCCUGUGUCCAUCCCGACCAAUCAGAGCUCUCCUGUGUCCAUCCCGACCAAUCAGAGCUCUCCUGUGUCCAUCCAGACCAAUCAGAGCUCUCCUGUGUCCAUCCCGACCAAUCAGAAACCCCCAAAGUCUACACCGACAAAACCCAAGCGAGCUGCGCCCAAAAGAAGAAAAACGAUUUCUGUGACCAAUCAGAAGCCUCCUGGUUGUGAGGGUGAGAUUGUGAUUAAUCAGAAGACUGGCCAAUCACAACCAACCUCUGCCCCUACAAAGGACCAAUCAGAGCCAAACUCUGCCCCUACAAAGGACCAAUCAGAGCCCUCCUCCUCUGGUGUGAUGGACCAAUCAGAGCCCUCCUCGUCUGCUGUGAUGGACCAAUCAGAGCCCUCCUCCUCUGCUGUGAUGGACCAAUCAGAGCCCUCCUCCUCUGCUGUGAUGAUGGACCAAUCAGAUACAGCAUCCUCUGAGGCUCCCCAGGACUCACUUUCCCAGAAUCCUCGGCGUCUGCCUCAGAAAUGUCCCCAAUGUGGGAAGUGCUUCUUCUACCGCAACCAGGUUCUCAAACACCUGGAGAGCAACCGCACGUGUUCUGUGGCCUCUCGUCCAAUCAGAACGCUGCGUUGUUUCCAGUGCCCCGCCUCCUUUGAGACCAAAACCGACCUGCUGACUCACCUGAGGACUCACCGAGCCCAGCUCCCGGUCCUGGGCCAGUCCAGAGUUCAGACCAAGAACAAGACUGGGACUGGACCCAAGACUGGGCUCAGAGCCAGGAUGGGUGGCACCCAGCAGGGGGCAGCACAGGAGGCCGCACAGGAGCGUCAGGUGCGUCGUUCAUUCAGCUGUUCGCUCUGCGAUGAAAGCUUCAAACACCAGGCUCUGCUCCUGACGCACCUGGACCUGCACGCGCUCAAGGGGGAGGAGCCACGCUACGACUGCCUCCACUGUGACCAGAGCUUCACAGGCUCCACCCUCCUGCGCAUACACCAGCGCUCUCACGUACCCCGCCCUUUUGUGUGUGACGUGUGUGGGCGGAGUUAUGCGUCAGAGGUCGCUCUGACAGCGCACGCCAAACUCCACGGCGAGAAGCGUUUCCUGUGCCACACAUGUGGGCGGGGCUUCGUGAGCCGCUUCGCUCUGCGGUCUCACGUGCGCACGCACACGGGAGAGCGCCCGUACACGUGCACGCUCUGUGGGCGGAGCUUCGCCUUCAGCGCCGGCCUUAAAGUCCAUCUGCGACGCCACCUAGGGGACAAACCCUACACCUGCAGCGCCUGUGGAAAAGGUUUCCCCUCUGGAGGAGAUCUGGCACGGACGCAUACAGGGGAGCGGCCGUACCUUUGUCGAGAGUGCGGAAAGAGGUUUGCCGUGUCGACUCAACUGAGAGCUCACCGCCGCACGCACACAGGUGAGGUCAGAGGUUACCGCCGCACGCACACAGGAGAGAAGCCCUGCGCUUGUCCAGAAUGUGGGAAAAAGUUCAGUCGGAAUUCUGAGCUAAAGCGCCACCUGCGGGUGCACUUCAACGUGCGCCCAUUCCCCUGCCCCCAGUGCCCCAAAGCCUACACUUGCACCAACCACCUGAGGAGGCACCUGAGGACGCACCAGGACUGAACCAGGACUGAACCAGGACCGAACCAGGACCGAAACAGGACCAAACCUGCACGAGCCACCUAAGGACGCACCUGAGAACACACCAGGACUGAAUCGGGACUGAAUUGGGACUGAACCAGGACUCCUUCUGGACUAACGUGUUUGUUGUUUAAUGGUGUUCUGGUGUUUGAAGGUGCUGUUGGUCAAUGCUAAACUGCACAAAAUAGAUUGAAUUACCCAUGGACCCCAUGGACAAAAUAUCAUGUGAAUGUAAAAAUGUAUUUUUAGAAUAAACUUAAACAUGAAAAUA